AUGACGGAAUCGAGUCGUGGAUGGUCGAUUUGGUAUGGAAGCAUAUGGAAUCGUCUUAUAAUCGGCGGAUUCAUGUGGAUUCACAUCUCGGCUUCGGAGAAUUUGGUUGAGAAUCGGCCAAAUCCGCCUCGAUCUUCAUGCAUGAUACCAGUUGAGGUCAUGGCUGCCUUGGAGCCUAUCAAGGAUAAUGAAAAAGCUGUGAAAGCGUAUGGUAUUCACCUUGGAACAGAAAUGUGUAAAAAGAUUUUGGCUCAUGGAAUCAAGUCUCUUCAUCUCUACACAUUGAACAUGGAGAAAUCCGCUCUUGCAAUAUUGAUGAAUCUUGGUAUGAUUGAUGAGUCCAAAAUUUCUCGCUCUUUACCAUGGAGACGUCGUGCAAAUGUUUUCCGUACUAAGGAAGAUGUCCGUCCCAUUUUCUGGGCAGACCGUCCAAAGAGCUACAUUUCUAGAACCAAGGGAUGGGAAGACUUCCCACAAGGCCGGUGGGGUGAUUCACGCAGUGCUUCAUAUGGUGCACUCUCGGAUCAUCAGCAACUGCAUCAUCUGUAA